AUGGGGGCGCAUCUGGUCCGGCGAUACCUGGGCGACAGCUCGGUGGAGCCCGACCCCUUGCGGAUGCCCACCUUCGAUCCCAAAUUCGGCUUCCCCGAGCGCAAGGAGCGCGAGAUGGUGGCCACGCAGCAGCAGAUGAACGACGCCCAGCUGCCCCUGGCCCUGCGGGACUACUGCGCCCACUACCUCAUUCAGCUGCUCAAGUGCAAGCGCAACAACUUCCCCAACUUCCUGGCCUGCAAGCACCAGAAACACGACUGGGAAUACUGCGAGCACCUCGACUACGUGAGGCGCAUGAAGGAGUUUGAGCGGGAGCGGCGGCUGCUGCAGCGGAAGAAACGACGGGAAAAGAGGGAGGCGGACGCAGCCAGCGGCGAGGGGCCCGGUGAAGUGGGCCCUGAGGUGGCCCUGUGA